AAUUCCUUGCACGUGAUUAGAAUCGGACAACGUGUAAACAAUCACGAUCAUGGAGGAUUAAAAAGGUGGAAUAUUGCUGCUCUUUGUUACGCAUAAUUACCUCCCAUGCCUCCCCGCUCCCUCCACACUCACAGCUGACACAGGGAAGGCCGCAGCGGGGUUAAACCGAGCCAAAUUAGCCCACAACCGUCAAUGAGUGAGUCCGUGAUGCCUCCUAAAGGGCUCGGAAAGGCGGUCAGCAAGAAGUGUCCCGACUGCAAGAAACAGGUUCCUGUGGCCACAAAGCAUUGUCACUGCGGACAUCAGUUCUUUGAGGAGCGCAGGAGAUCCACUGCAUCCAACGCCUCAGAAAUAGAAGAAUUGGAGGAAGGUGUGCAGAAGGACAUGAAGCCCAGUCGAGGGGCUGCCUCAUCCAGUGCAGGUGGUGGGGCUGUUGGUAUUGGAGCUGGGGGAGGCAAGACGGAGCUUGGGUCACCUGCUCCUGAAGGGAAGCGACGCAGUGAGAGAGUGAAGAGAGAGAAACCAAACUUCUAUGAUGCUUUGGAAUAUGAAAAUCAAAUGAGAAAGGCUCGUAAGGAGAGGCAGAAGGAGGCCCCGCAUCCCACUGGCCGUGUAAAAAGGGAACGCAAGGUGAAGAACAACUCAGAGCCAGAAGAGGAAGAGGAGGAGGAACCUGUGAAGGAGAAGAAAAAGAAGAAGAAGAAGAAGAACAAUAAUAAUGGGGAGAAGAAGGAGGAGGACUUGGAUGAAGACAUCAUGACUGGCAUCAGCCCUGAGAAAGAAAGGCAGUACUCCAUUGUCCUCUCUGACAUCAACUUUAAAUUGGGGCUCAACAACCCUAAAUUCAUCAAAAUAUAGAGCCUCUCAAGUGUUCUGUUUUUUUUUUUUUUUUUUUUUUUCUCUCUCUCUCUCUCUAAAAAGUUGCUGUAAUGGAACCUCUUGCUGUAUUCACUCCCUCAUUCAUAUGCUUCUGUCCAUUUACCUGCAUCUUUGUAGUGUUUGAUAGUUGCUGAAUGUUUUACUAUAAUGAGAUAUUAAGUAAUUCUUCACCAUUAAGUGUGCAUCACCAUGACACACAAUCCCAAUAUCAUUUCAUCAUCCAUUAUUCAUUGUAAAUACAUACACAACUCCCCAGCACUUGCAUGUAUAGAGGUUACUGGUGAAGGUAAAGGUAGGUGUGUGUUGCAGGUAUUGUGGUUGCUGCUUCAUCCCAAAUGGUUUGUAUAUUUUGUAAUAUUUAUGCAAUCUAUGCUGUAUUCAUACAGGUAUUUGAAUCCAAUGUAGUGCAGAAUUAUUGAUAACUUUGAUUUCAGAUUUUUUGGUAAACAAUCAGAUAACUUUAAUAAUAGUACUAAGUUAAAGACCAGUUCUUGUACUGCUGCAAACCAUCUAUGGAUAAGGAAAACUAGUACAAAUGAGUCAAAAUAUAAAGAUACUGUUAUUCGUACAUGGAAUUAAAUAAAAGAUAAGUGUG